UUUGCCACAGAGGGCUUUAAUAAUUGUCAAAGUUCUGCAAGGAGUAGAAUAUAGUGGCAGAUAUAUUUUACGCUUGGUAAUAUAGUAUUAAGAUGGUUUAUGCAUUUUUAACGAUUGAUGUAUUAAAGCGAAAGAAAGUAAUAUAUAAUGUCUGCUUUGAUGCCGGAAUUCCGCUGGUUUCACAGACACCUGAAAACGAAAGAAUGUCAAGUAAAGUAAGUUUUGAAGACGAUAAAACAAGUUCAGGUGCAGAAAAUCGAUGUUUAAUUAUUCAUGAGACGAGGAAUCUAAUUGUAGAUUUCAUUUAUAAUCACGUGCUUAAAGAAUACGAAAGAAGCAAAAAAAUUCCAACUCCUUCACCACUUGGUUACCUCGAUGUUACAGGCUCAUCACUUGGACACUUGGAUGUAACAGACGAGUCUCAAGUAGGUGGAACAUUUCCUCUGUUUAUCGAUAAUAACCUUUCGAAUACAUGUAAGAUUGUCUUCUGGCACACGUUACGUGGUUUUUGCUACGUUCUAGUGUGCGAACAACAUGAAAACAGGUUACUUGCCAUUAAGAUACUUAAAGAUAUUUUAUGUAGUUUAGAACUACAAUAUCCUAUUAAAGAUAAAGGGUUAAAUGCUGAAGUAAUUUCUACAGUUGUGGAUGCCUUUCUUCCAAAUGGACAGUUACAAUUCAUGCAUAAUCGUGUGAUCAAAAUGUUAAGGAAAAAUGUGGAGCACGUGCUUUGUGAUAGAACAUCAGGAAAAUAUGCCUUUGAACUUGAAUAUUUCAAAUUUUAAUAUGGUAAAAUUAUACUGUUUUGUAUGUAACAUUAGUUUAUAAAGACCAAAAUGGAGUUUAGUCAAUUAUAUAUAUUCGAGCUAUCUUCCUUUGUUAUUCAGUUCUUGAAUUAUUGUUUAAUACCUUUUUUUUAUUAUUAUGUAACAAUUACAUAAAGAAAACUGAUAUUAUGUUUAUGGGCUUGAUCUGCUAAGUAUGAUAUUGUACAACGGUGAGUAAGAAGGCAAUGUAGGUAAGGUCUAAGCCUUUUCACUAAUACUAAUAGCUGGGUUUCAGCAGUCGACACUUGGUAAAGAAGUAAAACUUUAAUCAGAAAGUGUCAAAGUUUUUACUCUCUUAGAAAAUGUAGAGGUCGAUACGUUUUUAAAGUUUGAUUAUUUAUUUUCUGUCCUGAUGAUUUCCUUUUGAAAAUUAAACAUCUUUAAUAAUGCAACUAAAAAUUUAUCCUUUAAGGAAAAAAGUAGAAUUAAGGAUGUUAUUAGAAUAUACUUAUUGAAAUGCAUACUAUACUGAAAAGGCUUGAAUAUCGUGUAUCUUCUUAUUGUUGUACAAUAUUAAAUUUAACCGAUCAAGCCAGAAGGGAAAGGUUUUCAUCAUCCUUUACUGAUAAUUUGUUGCAAAGUUUCUUCCCAAUUGUCUAGUUCAACAUAAAAUGUGUACUGUUACAACGAUGUGGUAUUUGUAUAUUUGAACUGUGCAUCUUUUUCUUCUACUUGUAUUUAUUUUUCUUGCUUAAAAAAAGGCUAUUUAAAUUUUCAGUAACUGUUUUAGUUUUUUAGAUUGUAUUUAGGCUUAUAGAUCAUGGUUAAUAGGUUUGGUUCAGUACUGUAUACAAAUAGAAUUAUGGAUGCUUAUGGAUAUGUAUAUUAAUAAGCUCGUUUUCUUCUCAGAAGUAAAAUAAUAUGUUGGUACUGAAUUAUAUUAUUUUGCACCUUGGUAUUAUUAGUUACAACUAGAAUGUAACUUCCCUCAGGUACAUCCACUAAACUUUUUUUACUAUUUGGAUUUUGAGUUCAGAUUUUGCUAUUGAUAAUGACACAGUUCUUGCAUUAAUUCAUACUCUUCUGUUAAUCUGCACAUCAGUGCCAACUGACAGUAUUAGGCUAUUACAGGUUUUUCACUUUUACUUAUAAACACACAAUACUUUCAAGUACCUACAUUUUAUCAUGAUUGGAAAAAAACUGAAAAAAUGUUAGGAAAGCUAUCAAUGUAACAAGUGCACUGAGAGUAUUAUUUUAUAUUUGAAUAUGAACAGUAAGAAAUACCACAAAUGUAUUAAUCAAGUUGAUGAUUUAUUAGAUUUGUAUGAAGUAUAUGAAUACUUGUUUUUUCCUAUAUUCUGUUUCUGGAUGAUAUAUAGCUAACUGCAUAAUUCUUUAGGAAAUCUAAAUAAAUAUUUUUGUAACAAAGAAAGAAAUGUGGAAAGAUUAAUGAUGUGCAAUAGAAUCAAAAUAUUGCUGGUACUUGUAAUAAACUGUAUAUAAUAAAACUGUACGUGUAUCAGUUUCAAUGACGAGCCUUUGGAAAAAAUGUAUAAAAUUCCACAACACGUAGUGAUGAUACAUGUAUGGUGUUGUUUUCUGUGUUAAAAGUGUAAUUUCAGCUGUUGUCUAUCAAUGUUGAUCUUGUAUAAAAAUACUAAUAAAAGUUUAUUGGCUUCAUUAUAAUAUUA